AUGCCGCUAAUUGGUUUGGGGACUUGGCUAUACAACGACACUGUUGCAGGCGCAGCUGUCUCUGCUGCUCUCGGCUUAGGUUAUCGAGCCGUGGACACUGCAGCAGUCUAUAAAAACCAGCGCGGAAUCGGAGAGGUCCUGGCGAAGUUUAGUCGAGAUGAGUUUUUUGUCACCAGCAAGAUCCCAGGAGGCCUCAAUGCAUCCGCAUCUGUGUCCGCACUUGACGCAUGCCUCAGUGACCUCCAGCUCGACUAUGUCGACCUCAUGUUGCUUCACUGGCCUGCGCAGACCCUCGCUGCGGUUCAGGAGCAGUGGCUGGCUCUUGAAGAGUGGGCAAAGUCGGGCAAGGCGCGGGCGAUAGGCAUAUCCCACUACUGCAAGGCGCAGAUGGAAGCCGUGCUGAAGGUGGCGACAUUACCGAUUGCCGUGAAUCAAAACCAGUACCACGUGGGGAUGGGCCACGACACACAGCCCAGACUGCACGACAAAACCUUCGCGGAAAGCCACGGGAUCCUUUAUGAGGCCUACUCUUCGUUGUGCGGACCCUGCCCGGAGCCGCACAACACGGAGCUUAUUACGGGGCCUCUUGUGACUAGCAUCGGUCGCGUGCAUAACAAGUCUGGCUCUCAGGUUGCGCUUCGAUGGGUCGUUCAGCAAGGCAUUCCUGUGAUACCGAAGAGUGCAAGCCCAAAACAUCUUCAGUCCAAUUUCGACAUUUUCGAUUUUGAGCUCACCGAUGCUGAGAUGGCCACGCUGAGCGCUGCCACGUCUCCGCCAGAGACGGGGACGCCGCAGGCGCCGGACGACGCUCAAGAUUGCUCUGCGGAAGGAUCUCCUGUUGUCGUGUGA